AUGAAUGGUUUAAUACAUGGAUGCAGAGUAGCUAGAGGUGCUCCUCCUAUCUCUCAUUUAUUUUUUGCUGAUGACAACCUUCUCUUUUUCAAAGCAAAUGUGCAGGAAGCCACUGCAAUUAAAGAUUGUUUAUCCGUAUAUGAGACCUUGUCUGGGCAGAAGGUCAACUACCAUAAAUCAAGUAUUUGCUACAGUAAAAACACAGGGCAGGAUGAGAGGGAUAUUGUGGCACAAAUUUUAGAGGUAAACCCAGCUCCCAAUUUUGGGAAGUAUCUUGGUCUGCCCUCAUUUGUGGGAAGGAAUAAAAAGGCAGCAUUUGCUUAUAUUGAAGAUAAGAUCAGGCAGAGAAUUGGUUCAUGGAACAAGAAGUUGUUAUCUCAAGCUGCCAUUGAAAGGGUAAUGAACCGCUAUUGGUGGGGAUCAGGAAUUUACCGGGAAAUUCACUAG